AUGUAUGUUGAAAUAGGUAAAGAGGAUGGUAUAAAAGCAGGAUUUAAUUCAGGAAAAUUAGAAGGCUAUGUUCUUGGAUGUGAAAAAGGAUUUGAAAUUUCACAAGAAAUUGGAUUCUAUAAUGGCGUGACUGAAAUUUGGUUGAAAUUCAUUGUUGGUUUAGAUGAUUCUUCUAAUCUUUUGCCAAAUGUUAAUAAUAAACGAAUAAUUAAAGAACUGGAAUCACUUCGUGAAUUGAUCUCGACUUUUCCAAUUGAAAAUCAACAAAAUAUCGAAUUUUUGGAUUUAUUAAAUAAAAUCAGAUCCAAAUUUAAAGUUUGUGCUUCUCUUUUAGGCAUCACAAACUUACAAAAAUUCAAUAACAACAUAACAUGA